CAAAGUUUUUGUAGUUGUAGUUUAUAUAAACAGUGUAGCAGGAUGAAUGCUCUGCGGGUUCUUAGAAAUAAUUGGAAGAAAAGUGUAUUUAUAUCUGGAUUGAUGGGCUAUGGCUUAUCCACCUUAAAAACAAACAUAGAAAUUAAACAAUAUAUGAAUGAAUUCUCAAAUGACGUUCUUCACGCUGGGCAUCAACAUGGUUCGCCUCAAAACGUUCUUGUGGUUAUGAAUCCAAUCGCUAACAAUAAAAAGGCCGAAAACUUGUUUAAAAAGUAUUGUGAGCCUGUGCUGCAUUUAGCUGGAUACUCGGUGGAAAUACUCCGAACUAAUUAUAUUGGCCAUGCCAAAGCAUAUGUCGAGGAAAUGAACAAGUUGCCCGAUGUGAUUGUUGUUGCUGGUGGAGAUGGCACCAAAUCUGAGGUUAUAACCGGAUUGCUGCGUCGUCAGGGGAAUCUCUGUCCCAUUUCAUUCAUUCCCCUCGGACGCGAUAGACAACCGCAUUCGAGUUUCUUUAGUUUCAGCAAACAGCAUGAAUUGGACUAUGUGAUAACUUUGAGUAAAUCGCUGGUGCCGCUGUUAAAGAACCAGUCCAAGUACGAGAGUGUCAUCCAAUACGAUGUGCUCAAUAAUCCCGCCGAUGAAAACCCGAAUCAACUGAAGCCAAUCUUUGGUUUGAACGGUUUCUCCUGGGGUCUUCUAAAAGACAUUGACACCAGGAAAGAUAAAUAUUGGUAUCUUGGUCCACUCAAGCAUCAUAUUGCUGCAUUUCUAAGAUCAUUCUCCGGCACUGUUGAUUGGAAUAUGGAUACAGAUUAUGUGUAUACACCGCCUUGUAGUGGCUGCAGUAAUUGUCGUGUCCAAAAGGAAAAGACACCCAAUACGGGUUUCUUCCUGACCAAACUGGUGACAACUCAAAACGGAAACGGGGAUUCCCAGGACUCCCAGAUGCACAUUGUAAAUGAUGAGUGCGCCACAAAUCUGCAGGGAUCCAUUAAAUCGAACCAAAUUAACAUAACGCUAAAUCAAAAUAGUCAAAACUUUGCCGAACUGGAAAGCAAAUUCAUAGAUUCAUUACAACCUGGCUGGGAUUUUAUCAAGAAAAUUCCGAAUAUCACCAAUAAGUCAAUUGAACCAAAUUUAAUACUUAAAAGUAGAACUAUUAAGCUUUAUCCAGCGACAAGUAAUCCGAAUAUAUUCUAUUCCAUCGAUGGAGAGGAAUACGAACCGCGUCCCAUUAAAGUAUCUAUUGUUCCCAAUGCAAUUAAAGUGUUUUGUUGAGAUCUUAUAA